AUGACAUACUUUCAUGUAUUUUAUUUAGUGUCAUCUGCACCAACAUGGCGAGAUAUACCAAGGAACUCAGCAGUUGAAUUAGACACAUCUGUGGAGUUAUUAUGUGGACUAGACAACUUAACACCAAAUUUAUUGCCAGGAUGGAGACAGACAUCCGUGGAUCCAACAAGAAUAGUUUCACAAGGUCCUCUAGUCAUAGGAUGUGACACAUGUUCUAUUACUGGUGACCAGAAUAUCGGACAAUACCAUCUUACCAUUAAUCCAGUUAAACGUAGUGAUGCCGGAGAGUGGCAAUGUAGGGUGGCAGAUGCAAUACCACAGUAUUAUUCUGCAUAUAUUACAAUUGUUGAACCAGCAAAUAUCAUUACACCACCAUCUGACCAGACAGUAAAUGAAGAUGGAUCUGUAACAUUUGAGUGUACAGCUACUGGUGUACCUGAUGUUACAUAUACAUGGCAGAAAGACAGCACUGAUAUUGAUAUAGGUGGUAGAUAUGCAGUGACUGAUGGAUCAUUGACAAUAUCCAAUAUUGUGAAAUCUGACUAUGGUACAUGCACUUGUAUUGCUGACAAUGGUGUUGGAUCUGGUGACUCAAAAUCAGCCGUUCUGACAGUUAUUUUUAAACCUGAUAGUACUAGUUUGUCUGGCUAUACUGGUGCUGUUACCGGUGGUAGCAAUAUACUGUUAACCUGUACAACAACAACUAGUAACCCAUCAGCUACUAUACUGUGGUACAGGAAUAAUAUUAGGAUAUAUGAUAACGAUGAUAAUAUCAAUAUUGGGACUCUAACUGAAACUAAUGGUGACUACAAUGGCAAGAUAUCAGAACAACAAAUAACAAUAACAACAAGAGCUGAAGAUAACCAAGCAGAGUAUAAAUGUAAAGCAAGGAAUUCACAAGUCACUGGAGAUGUUAAUUCAAAUAUUGUACUCAUUACAGUGUACUUUAAACCUGAUAGUGCUAGUUUGUCUGGCUAUACUGGUGCUGUUACCAGUGGUAGUAAUAUAUUGUUAACCUGUACAACAGCAACUAGUAACCCAUCAGCUACUAUACUGUGGUACAGGAAUAAUAAUAUAAUAGAUGAUAACAAUGAUAAUAUCAAUAUUGGGUCUCUAACUGAAACUAAUGGUGACUACAAUGGCAAGAUAUCAGAACAACAAAUAACAAUAACAACAAGAGCUGAAGAUAACCAAGCAGAGUAUAAGUGUAAAGCAAGGAAUUCACAAGUCACUGGAGAUGUUAAUUCAAAUAUUUUUACCAUUACAGUGCACUAUAAACCAUUUGUUGUGAAUGUAUUACACAAUCAGUGGUCGGUUACCAGUCAAGGAACUGUAGGAAAACUACGAUGCGAUAUUGAAAGCAACCCACUUUCCUCCGUAAUAUGGUAUGAUUCGAAUAAUCAACCAGUUAAAAUUGACAGUAGAGUCAGCAUCGAAACAGUGUCACGUGGAUUCUUAUAUGAAAGCAUAUUGACAAUACGGGAUACAAUGAUAAGUGACUAUGGUAGUUAUUCCUGUUUUGCAGGAAAUUAUCUUGGCAACAUAACAUUUAUUGUUACGUUUAAAGAUAAAAGUGUUCCAGAUGCACCAAAGUCCAUUGUACCACUCACUCGAUUCUAUGACAGUCUGUUGGUUACUAUAAUUCCCGGAUAUGACGGUGGAGAUACAAAUACAACAUAUUUUAUUCAAUAUCGUACCCCGAGAAAUGCAUCGUUCAUCGAAUUGAAAACUGGUAUCUCAGAGACAACGAAUAGUACAAUAGAAAUACUAAAAUUAGAGCCGUCAACACCAUAUGAAUGUAGAGCAUAUGCUGCCAACGCAAUUGGUAUAGGACCAUAUAGUAAUAGUAUUAUAAUCAGAACAUUGG